AAACACCACUUAUUUUGCUGUGUAUGUGACCUGAAUAGUGAAUACUGAAGUUCCGUGGAGAGUUUCUUUGCUAUUCUUCAUUUCAACCCUGAGCUCUUUGCAGUUAGCGCCACUCUUGUAUUGUAUCUCUCUCUGUGGCCGCUGCAACCCUCAAACAGAAUGAAUCGCCGCGUGAAGCUUUCCCUCUUGAACGCGCUCUUAAGAAUCAGACACCCUUUUCGCCAAUCCCCAAUUACUCCCUUCAUUCCGCCGACCCACGUCGCGUCCACCUUAAAGUUUCACUCUUUUUCAAACAUCCCGAACACCCAUUUCGCGAUUCGGUGUAAUCGGAGGAGUUUGAGUGGUGGGUCUGGCGAGUUGGAUCACACGAAGGAGGUGGACAGCAUCAACCUCAAGUUCGCGGAAGCCAGGGAAGAGAUAGAGAUGGCGUUGGAGUCCAAAGACACUGUUUAUUUCGACGAAGAAGCUGAGUGUGCACGUGCCGCCGUCAACGAGGUUUUGAGCAUGUUUGAGGGGUUGUUGGCUAAGUUGCCAGAGGGGGAAAAAGGGGCUUUGCAGAGGUCUAUGGGUCUCAAAAUUGAACAAUUGAAGGCUGAAAUUCGACAAUUGGAUGAGUAAUUGGUCUUGAGUUUUAGGAUUGAAAUGAACCAGAAAAUUCUACAGGAAAAUGCUGACCUGAUUUGAGGAGGCUCAAAAUAUCAGGCAAAAACUCGAAUGUGGAGGUCUGCUACUCUGUUGAGCAUGAUGAAUGGAGGUCGUGACACCUAUCAAGACAUCAAUGCUCAAGUAGAAAUUUCAAUAGAGUAACAAGAUCUCAGGAUGAAGAAGAUUCUUAUCUGUGAAGGGUGUUCUAGUAUUUAUAAGUGUGGGAUAAUAAAGGUGGUUAUCAACUAGUAUGGAAGGUUAUCAUUUCAGCUUGAAAGUUUGUGAGCCCUUAGAUGUCUACAAGUUUGGCCUUGGAUCAACUGUCAAGGUUGACCCCAUUGUUUUCCCAAGAUGUCUGAUGAGACAAAGUACUGGCUGAUGUGGCAAGUGAUGUUCUUUGAUGCUUCUGAAGGUGUAUUACCUUUACCUCUUAAAUGCGUGAUUAAACCAACCACAUAAUGAGUGUUCACGUGGGAGAGAUUGUUAGGUGGAUCCAAGACCACCUGAAGCAACUUGGCUCCAAGCUGGGUUGUCUCAAAGGCUUUCAUUGAACUGACGCAUCUUGACCAUGGUAGAGAUACUUCCCUGAUCGUUAUUGUGACGUGCAGGUCAUCAGUAUGUAUCUACACGCUGUCAAUUGCUCACCAUAUGAGACAUAUGUACGUGGGAACAAUAAUUUGUAAUUCUUGGAGACACACAAGUUGGGCUUUUACUAUUCUACUAUGCCCUUUUUUUUACUGAGUAUCUUUUUUUAGAGGCAAUCUUGUUCUAGCCACUAACGAAAACUAUAUGUGGACACCUCUGUUAACAUAGAUUCAAAUAUUAGUUAGCGACACUGUAAGAGACUAGUUCCUUUUGCCAGACCCAACUCCGUCUGGUCUAUAUCUUUGUUAUAGGAACGAAGGUGUUGGGUCCUGCUUGAUAUAUUUUGAACAGAUAAAGCAAGAAUAUUUUUUCA